AUGUCGUCGCCCAAGGAUUCCCAGUACGACACAACCCUUCGGCGCCAUCCCCGCCGGAGGGCUGCUUUGUCCACUUCUCCUCCAUCUUUACUUAACUCGUCCAACUGUCGAUCCGUCGACUCGACCCCCUCAAACCCGCUGUUCAGAAAGAGCGAAACCUUUCAUGCAGCGAGAAACCGUCCCACCCCGCGCGAUCCUCGUCUCAGCUUGCCUCUUGCACCCCGCCGCUCUCCUACCUCUCCCGCUGCCCUCGAAGCCAUCGCGGCCGGCAGAGAGCGCAUGAGCAAAAUCCUCGAUACCCUCGACCUCGAUACCUUCACUCCCUCGGAAUCCGUUGAUGAGGAGCUCCCCGUGCCCCGCAGUGUCUUGCAACUUCAUUUCGACUCUUUGCAUAUCUCGGACCCUCCCCAGAGUCCGUCCGUCCGUUCAGCUCCCAAGAAGCCGCUCCAAAGAGUCAACCAUCACACUUCGGACAGCGGUCUCGGGACCUCUAUUUGUAGCGAAGAAGUGCUGUCUUGUACCGAAUCCGCCGAUCUGGACUCGAACGCCCCCAUGUCCGCCUCACAUCUUCGGAAAAUAUCGCCUGACGGGGUCGACAAGAUAGAGCACCGUGUCUUCUACCCUCUUCUUAUGAACACGCAGUUCGAUAAGUUCCACAGCACUGUUCGAUAUGCCGCUCAAGGGGUCAAGGACAAUCGAUUCCGCUGUCUCCGUGACGUGGAAAAUCUAUUCCGCAAUCCAUUCCCUGUACGAAGCGUUACCCAGGUUAUUGACCAUGUUAAUGAGAAGGAGGAAUUUUCUCUUUUCCUGAAUCAGGUGGUCCUGUGCCUCGACGACACUUGGCACCGCCUGGAUGAAUCGGACCGCACUAUGCCUGGUGAUGUCCCGUACUCGAAUGAGUACAUCCUCGACCUUUACGAUCAAAUUGUCCGCUUCAAGGCGCUCUGUGAGCGAGCGAAACAGAAUCUCUCACAGAAGGAUAGCAACGGUGCCACCUCCAAGUUGCCCAAGCUCGUGUUCAAAGGCGGCUUGGCCAAAACAGGACGCCAGGCGGAACUGGUCGCUCAGUCCGAUGACCAGAUGAUGUCGCUCCGCACGGGUAAACCCUACCAGGAGAGCCAGGUGCCGAGCAUGAAGCGUGGCCUCAGCCUAUGCUCGACGGAUGGAGAGGGCGCCCACCGGUGCAUGGCCCGCCGCCGGAAGAACGAGGCUCCCAUGAACAUCAACACUCCGUGCGACUUUUGCGGGCAAAUUUUCGCGAGACCCUGUGACCUCACUAAACACAUGAAGACCCACACACGCCCGUUCAAGUGUUCGGUACCUGAGUGCAAGUACUACACCUAUGGAUUCCCGACUGAAAAGGAGAAAGACCGUCAUUUCAACGACAAGCACAACCCCGACCCGGAACCGUAUGAAUGCGAUCUGGGAGGAUGCAAUUAUCGCUCUAAGCGGUUGAGUAAUUUGAAGCAGCAUAAGGAGAAGAAGCACGGCUGGCAAUACGUCCGGACCAAGAGCAACGGCAAGCGCAAGGACAAGGUCAAGGGCAAGAAAGCCAGUCCUCAGUCUACUCCGGACACUCCCGGCCUUACCACUCCCGGCACCAGCACCGCGCAGUCAUUCUCGACUCCGAACACUGGACCCAGUCCGUCCCCCCCGCAGGCAGUCUCCCGACCUCUGCCGACUACCGACUUCAACUUUGCUGAUCCUCCGUUGCCCACCCCGGUGGCCGACUUCCAACUGUUCAACGCGAACAGCCCCAUGGGAGGGAACGGAGGCGUGAACAUGGGCUAUGCGGAUUUGGGCUUUCCGGAAAUGACUCGGUCGAUGGACGGCGACGUGAUUCAUAUGAACAACUUUGAAGACAUGUUCGCCAACGUCAACAACCCUUACCUGGAUGGACUCAGCGGGGGUUAUCAAGUCCCCAGCGGCUAUGAAGCCGGCAACAUUGACUUUUCGGAUCUGGGUUAUGGCGCGGCCGUGCCUCCGUCUGCGGUCUUCCACGAAGACCAAUUCCUGCCGGAGACGAUCAACUGGGAAGAAUUCGCCAUGCUUAACGGAAUGGAUACGAUGUCCAAAUGA